AUUUCGAAACGAGUUCCCUUUCCUUCUUUUUUCCGGAUCAGUCGUUAUUUAGUUUUUAAUUAUAUAACAUAAUCCCCCAUUAUACAUUUAACAACAUGGAUUUCACAAUUCGUGCUGCAACACUCGAAGACUGCAAAGACAUUGCGAGGAUGAUCUUGGAACUGGCUGAAUAUGAGAAAGUGUCAGAUCAGGUGAAAAUCACACAAAGAGACCUGGAGCAGGAUGGGUUCUCCAAAAACCCGUUCUUCCACGGUAUCAUCGCUGAGGUGCCAGAGCAACACAGAACCAAAGAAGGGCAUUCAAAGGUGGGCUAUGCCCUCUACUUCUUCUCCUACAGCUCGUGGAAGGGCCGGGCUGUGUAUAUGGAGGAUCUGUACGUGAUGCCAGAGUUCAGAGGUAAAGGGAUUGGCAAGGCACUGAUGAGCAAAGUGGCUCAGUUGGGCCUGGCUGCUGGCUGCACUCAGCUGAACUUUGCUGUGUUGGACUGGAACAAAGCAUCUCUGGACUUCUACAUGAGCCAGGGCUGUUUUGAUGUGACUGCAGACCUGGGCUACCACUGCAUGCGCUGUGAGGGGGAACAGCUGGAACACCUGGCACAGCCUUAAGCCCAGCCCCCCCUUCCUGGGUUCAUGACCUCUGCUUCCUUACAGUACCGAGGUCAAUCAGGGAUAAAGGUAAACUCAUCGGCCCAGUUCCACUAUUUUCAAGAUGCACCCUACCCUUUCUCCUUGAUGUGGGAUGAUAGUGUAGAUAUAUGGGUUUAAUGUUUUUCCAUCGUUUAUAAUCAUAUACAGCAAUGCCAGAUCUGUAUUAUAAACGGUGGUGAUGUGGAAAAGAUGCAGUUUUCACAUUUUGGUUCAGGGCCAACGCAAUGCAAAAAGGCUGUACUUGACCGGGGCACUGCAUAUCGUAUCGUGUUUUGAAAGAGUGAUGUGUCGUGACCCCCUAGCACCUUGUCUUUACUCAUGUUACAAGACUUACACUUAUUAAUACCAUGUGAGAGCUCUGGUUUGAGGAACCAAAGAUACAAACAUUGGUACGACACAAUGUCCAAAAAUUGUAAGGUGUAAGUGUUCUGUUUUUGUGAAGCACAUUGAGAUGUUUGAAAUGGAUUCUUGUUUUCCAUUUAAAACAGGACUGAAUCAAUGUUACUGCUAAUAAGUGCGCACACUCAGGCUUGUUUAUGCAAAUGAGUUUCAUCUUGGUUAAGGGUUAUCAGUUGCAAAUGUGGAAAUAUUGAAUACUUUUUUUAACAUAAGAAUUAUUUGCCGUGCAAUAGUGUGAAGAAACGGUCAUUUAAAUAUUCUUGACAUAAGAUCAUCUGUAGUGUGUCAUUCCAUUCUAAGGUAUACUUCUUAGUGCACAGAAAAACAAUUCCAUGCAGAGACUGAGCUACAAUAGAGCAAACUGUAAGUAAAAUCCUACUAACCUCUACUUAGUGUUUGUUUACCUCCUAGAUGUCUGAAUACCUUCAACAAAUACAGUUUGUGUCUAAAUAAAUAACCACCUCAUAGAGAUAUUGAGUAAUAGUGUGUACUGUGAAUAAUAUCACAGUUGCUCGGUAUUAGUGUCAGUCAAGUUGUUUCUCUGAUAUGCAUACUUUACAGUAGUAGACGUCGAUUUUGUUAACCAAAUGUCAUUGUUCCAUUUCAGUGAUGAAUGCAGUGAGGUAAUUCCUUGUCUUUUAAACUGGUGCUUGGAUAUUUUAGAUAUUUUGUGCAAUCUGACAAGCCUUUUAGAUUACUUUUAGAGUGAAUAAUGUCAUUCAUGUGUGAUCCGUUCAUAAAAUGUAUUGUUUUGGGAAAAUACAUUUUAUAAUGUUUGUCAUGAAAUGUGAGUGUUAUUGUGAUGAUGUCACUAGUGCACUACAUAAAAUCAUGUUCCCUGCCCUAGAACCAGUCACAUGGUCACUAAAUGGGUUCUAACCCUGCUGCUACCAUGUAAAGACUAAAAGUGUUUAGUUUAGUACACAUUUUGAACACAGUGUGAGAAACCGUCUAGUUGAGGUGAAGAACAAAAUGUAUGUCUACAUUGAACAUGUCAAAUAAAGUAUUGUGA